AAUGAGUUCAAACACUCUCCUAACUUACCUCUAAAACUAAAUCACCUAAAUAACUCUCAACAUAGAGCAUAUACAAAAAGACAUCUCUCUACUUCACAACUAAUUCGAACAGAAAAUAUUCACUGCAAAACGAGAAUGUACUAUCAUUAACAUAAAUCAUAGUAAAUAGUAGAGAUGAUUCAAUAUCAAUAUAGAUAGAACAAUUCAAAUAAUAAUUUGAUUACACGAUCAAAGUUUUAGAAUAGAAAAUGUUGCAUAUUGAUGAAAACAAAAUGGAUUAAAAUGAGGCUUAUUAAAUGAUGGAAUCCAACAGAAAAAACAUUCAAGAAGAUGUGGAUUUACUCAAAAAUGAAAUGGCCUAUUAAAAAAAAUACUUUGAUGAUCUACUCAAUGAAAAAAUUCGACGUUUAGAAAUUUCUAAUUUGACUGAAACAGUUAACUAAUUCAAGGAUCAACUCAAGCAAUACUACUAAGAAGAAUAGAAAUAAUUAAAUGAACACCAAACUCUUACUAAAUCCCUACUUAAUGCAAAUAAAAAAGCUUUUUUUCAAGAAUUAGAAAGAAUAGUUCAAUAAGUAGAUUCUAUGAAAAUAGAAAUUAAUGAUUAACAAUAAUUAUUUGUCAAAAAACCAGAGUUAGAAACUAGGAUUAAUUAGAUUCAUUUAUUAUUAGAAUAAAAAUCGGAUUUAAUCGAAGUAUAAAAUGCAUUAAAUACCCAAUAAAUUGAUAUUGCCUAGCGAUUUUAAGAAUUCAAAGACGAAGUGCGUACUGUUUUGGAAUUAUAAGGAAAUGAAUUUUACUAAUUGAUUAAUAAGAAAGUAUACAUUUUACCUUAAUUCGAAAUAGGCAAAUCAUAGUGAAGUUAUGCAGUUAUUGUAAGGAAAAAUAGAUAUGGAAACACUUUUAUUGCAUUCAGAAGACAAAGUUCCUCUCAAAGAUUUUCAUCAACACAUGUCCUUAAUUGAAAACAUUGCACUUGAUUUAGCAAAGAAAUAAGAUGCAAAUACAUUUUUAGAAUAUAAAGAUGCCAAUAAUUUGUAAAUUGCUGAAAUUUAAAAGGAAGUUCAAAAAAAAAUGUCUAAGAGAGAAUUUAAAGAAGUACUUGAUAAAAAAGCAAAUCAUGAAGAUGUUUCUAAGGCAUUCAACGAAAUAUAAUCUAUUUUAUCAUCAAAAUUUAAUUAUGAAGACUUCAAUAGGUUCUAAUUAAAUCAAAACACUCUGAAUGAAUAACUAUGUAGUUAAAAUAUAAUUGGCAGGUGGCUUUAUAAAGGCAAUUUUCUGAGUCCUGGAAGUUUAAUACCAUGGAAUAUAUAAGCAAUUAAUACAUUAACUGAAAAUUUCUUAUGGGAUAAAGAUAAGCCAAAUAUCAUUGUUGUUGCUCCUGGGAUUUAUGAAAUCACUCUUGGAUUCUUUGCUAAAAAGAAACCCAAAAUUGAUAUCAUGGUUAAUGGAGAAACAAUUAUCAAUGCAGUUAAUAAUAGUAGGUAGAAAAUCUAUCCUAUAUUAGUUAUGUCGUUCAUCACUCUUCAGGAAAACUAAAGGAUACUAAAACAUCUGUCACUGGAUUGACAAUGAUUGAUUUCAUCUCUUUGCCUGCUCGAGCAAGAAUUAAUAUUGCUUAUCAAGGAGAUUUAGGAGAAGGCUUUUUAUGUUUACGAAAAGUAUGA